CAUCAAUCUCUAGAUCCGGCGAGAACACUGUCGAAUUUGUGUGGUAUCUGAUAAAAGAUGGAAACUCCCGAGAUAUACACAUACGACCAGAGACACUGCUUUCGCCUGCCUGCCGGAUCGCACCGAGUGCUAUAUACGUUGUCGAUAAACCCUCCCGCACGUGGAAAAUUGAUGCCAUUUCUAAUUAUGCUCAUCUCUAAUGCCCUCCAUUUGGAGCGGUAUACUUGUUAUUAUACAGACUUGUAAUACAUUCAUAGUCGUUGACCCACGAAAUCAAAGUAGAGGCAUUUGCUUGUAGCCAUGGCGAUAGGUGACGAUGAUCGCGGCCCGGAGAUGUUCGAUGUGACAGUGUCUCUAUUAGCGGCAGCAACGGUUUCGGUGGUGUUGAGAUGCUACGUGAGAAUAUUUAUGCUCAAGUCAUUCAGAAUAGAGGACUGGAUGGCACUGGCGACACUGGCCUCCUUCGCAUUCCUCUGCGCCUGUGUUUUCUUGAGCGUCGAGAACGGUGCCGGCAAACACCUCUUGGCAGUAAACUUUGCCGACCUCCCCAACGCCCUAAUGGCCCGCUGGCUCGGUGAGAUAGCUUACAUCUUGACGUCGGUUUUCCUCAAGUUCACCGUGGGCAUCUUCCUUCUGCGCAUCUGCUCGCACCGCUGGCAGACCACAGUCAUCUGGGCCGUGCUGGCCAUCGUGUCGAUGUUUAAUAUCGUGUACCUGUUCAUCGCCAUCUCGCAGUGCCAGCCCGUCGACUACUUCUGGAACCGGGUAUCCUCCCUCGGGGCCAAGGGAAGCUGUGUCUCCAAGGAGCUGGCGAGCGGCUCGACAUACGCGGCGACCGCGGUCAACGCUUUUGCGGACUGGACGCUUGGCCUGCUACCUAUUGCGCUGGUUUGGAAUCUAGAGUUGAACAGCCGUACGAAGUGGAGUAUUGCUGGUAUAUUGGCUCUGGGUAUUAUCGCCUCGACAGCAACAAUAGUCCGCAUCCCGUACGUCUGGCAGCUGACGCACAGCAUCGACUUUCUGUACGUCUUCACCGACUUCACCAUCUGGAGCACGGUCGAGAACGGCGUGGGCAUCAUCGCGUCCUCGAUCGCGACCCUGCGCCCCCUGUUCCGCAAGGCCCUGGACAUGACCGUGCGCCGCAGCACCACCACGGCGCUACCACCACCACAUCAUCACAUUAUGCUUCGCCGCUCCUCCUCCACGACGGCCAGGCGAUCGACGAACUCGGUAAGGAGCACCGCGUUCCACUGCCGCGGCCUGAGCUACGACUACGACAUCGAGAAGGGCGUGGCGCGGCCUCCUCCUCCUCCUCCUCAUGCCAGGAAGGUCGUCGUCAGCGGCGAGGUGAGCUACAUCGAGAAGCCGAUGCCGGCCUAUGUGCAGCCAGGGGAGAAGGGGAAAGGGAGACAGACGAGCCCGCAGAGGGCCACGUAUGACUGCCAGAGCAGUACCAACAGCGGAUGGUCGUGGAACUCGAGAGAUCCCACGCGGGACUCGAGAAUCUCGAGGAACGACAAGAGUGUUGAGGAGUGGGUCGAGAACUGGGGCAAUUCGGCACGAUCAUCGAGGAGCCGGUUGAUGUCGGCGAAGAGGACUACUUGGUAGGACCGGCAAAAUAAAUGGCUUUAGUCGAUGGAAGGAUGUCUUGUCGACCCCCCCCCUCCCCUUUUUUUUUAAACUCUCUUAAAAGGUUAUAUGGAGUUCCGGAUCUGGGUAUGAGACUCAUGAUGUGAUUGGUGUACGACUUCAUGAGUAAAUUGAUGAAGAAUGAACAGGGAAAGGACAGGGCAGCGGCCAGCACUGCCGGGAAGGCACUCGCGUUACAUACACUCUUUUAUCAUGCUACGGAGCUCUGGCGUACAGCAUCAAAUACCCCCCAGGUGGUCCGUUGGGCCCCCGACGUUCGUUUAGAAAAUUAGACUGUACACUGUACAUUAGACAAUGGGGCUACAUAGCGCUCGUUUGGAGUCGAAUCACUGACUAUAUAAUUAUAUGAAUGAGAAUCAAUGUGAAUACAAC